UCGUCACGUGACCAGGUUAGUUUACGAAGCCGAAAUCCGACACACAGAUAUAUGAUGAUCUCUUAAAAAUGAUCGCGAUCUGUUUGAAAAAUCUGUCAGACAGAAUCAUGCCGGACAAACGACCCUCAGCGGUAUGGUUCACUUAAACGGGCCGAGUUUUAGUGUGUGGAGCAUUCAGACGUCUCGUGCUGGUUGAUGACACAUUUAUUGGGAUUCGACAGCAGAUCAGUGCAAGCGGACAGAGACAAAGGGAAAGGCUUUCGAUAGCUAGAAUGCUUUGGGCCUAAAAGAAGUCAAGAGAGUGGUAUGGUCCGCAUACCACUCAACUCUCAGGAAAUACAGCAGAGACAACUGAAGUGUGAAAUGGUUGACUGCCGAUCAAGAAGCUUUACCUCAAAGUGGACGGUACUAAACGAGGAGCCAUAGCUGGAAAACCCCAUCGAGUCGUGUGGACGUUUCUCUCAAUCCUCCUCCAAUGGUUCAUUGGUUGAGGCCAUGGCCUCUCAGUCAGGCAACAUGAACCGUGAAGACCGGAAUGUGCUCCGUAUGAAAGAAAGGGAAAGGAGAAAUCAAGAAAUCCAGCAGGGAGGAGAGGCCUAUCCAGCUAACUCCCCACUCUUUCCUGAACCUUAUAAAGUUCAGUGCAAGGAAGAUAAACUCUCCAGUCGCAUCAAGAGCAUGCUGGGCAAUUACGACGAGAUGAAAGAGACCAUCGGCGAACCUCCAAUGUCCAAACUCAUUCCUAAAGCCUCCAGCACCCCCUCAGAGGAGAAAUCCGGUCAGUUCAGUGACCAGCGUGGAGGAGGCACCCAGAGCCAGAACAACAAAUGGACUCCUGUCGGCCCAGCACCCAGUGCCUCCUCUUCCUCCUCCACCACCACCUCUUCACAGAAACGCUCGUCCAUGCAGGGUGGCCACAGCGGCAGCCAACGUAGUGGCAGUAGUAGCGGCGGCCAGCGGCACGAGCGAGAAUACAGCAGUAGUAGCAAAAAGUCAAGCAAGCACAGUUCCGAGCACAAGUCUCAUUCCACCUCCAGUCCAGCCAAGGGCUCUAUGAGCUCUGGAAGCCACUCGCGGACACUUACAUCUGACCACGGCAAGGAACGCUACCGCUCCAAGUCACCCAGGGACCGAGAGGCGAACUGGGACUCACCCUCCAGAGUGCAUUCUUUUUCCAGCGGGCAACAUCCCAGCCAGGCCUUCCCGCCCUCACUCAUUAAGCCCAGCUCCAUGCUCCAGAAGCCCACAGCAUACGUACGGCCUAUGGACGGUCAGGAGACUGCAGAGCCCAAGACCUCCUCAGAAUCGUAUAGUGGUCAGUCGCACAGCAGCGCCGUGGGAGAGAUGAAACCCAACGGCAAGGCUUCGCUCACCAAGCUCAAGAUUCCAACACAGCCCGUCGAUGGUUCAAUGGGAGGAGAUGCAAGCUGUGUUGAUGAGAUUUUAAAGGAAAUGACUCAGGUUUGGCCUCCUCCACUAACAGCCAUUCACACCCCCUGCAAGACAGAACCAUCAAAGUUUCCAUUUCCCACCAAGGAUGGCCAUCACCUGUCUUUUGGGGCACACAAAAAAAUCUCAGGGAAGACACCGUCCAGUCACCCGACAAAGCCAGGUGACAGUGACCAGGCCAAUACAUUGCAUGAUGAUCUAAAGCUCAGCAGCAGUGAAGACAGUGAUGGAGAACAAGAUACUGCCAAAAACACACCCAGAAACACUUCAGCAAGUAAUAACAGUAAUAAUAGCGAGGGGGCAGAGCGUGAGGACACCAGCAGUCAUAGUGGCUCGGAGAGCAGUUCCGGUUCUGACAGUGAAAGCGAGAGCAGCUCGACAGACAGCGAGACCAACGAACCGCCCCGUCCGGUGUCACCUGAGCGUGAACAACCCACAGCUAACAAAUGGCAGUUGGAUAACUGGAUUCCAAGAAAGAAAGAGGGGCGAGACACCUCAAACAGGAGCUACAGCGGCCAGAGCUCCAAAGAUCCGACUCCCACCACUGGACGAGAUCUUCGGCCCACUCAGAAGAGCUCUGAAAGCUGGCGAGGGCGUCAGAAGUCUCCCGCCCAAAGCGAGGGCGGAAGUCAGAGCGGACGAAGGGUGGUGGGUAAGAAGCAGCCCAGGAAGCCCGAGAAGCCCCCGGUCGUUGAAGAGCCAAAGGGUGGGCUGAAAGUGGAAACCGAACCCUCGCCCGAGAUCCCGUCGCACAGGGCCCGCGCAGCCAACAAGGGCCCCCGCAAGCCCAACAUCAAGAAGGAGCCCAAAACCUCAUCCCCUCGGCCUGUGCAGGACAAACGUAAAAAACCACCCAGCAAGUCCCGCGAGUUUGUGGAAUCUGAUUCAUCGUCCUCUGACUCGGAAGGCAACGAGAGCGUCCCAUCUUCUUCACAAACGCCAAGAGAGCAGUAUGCCGAGAAUCAAUCUGUGCUCUUCUCACCCAUGGUCUCUCCGCUGAGUGACCCAGAAGAGAAGCUUCCACCUAGACUGCUGGUGCAGAUCGACCUCAGUCUGCUGUCCAGAGUGCCUGGGCGACUGUACAAGGAUGCAGAGGUGAAGGUGGAGAGGGAUUCUCCAGCAGAGGGGAAGGACUUCCAGAAGCUGCCUGUUGAAAAGGGAGCCAACAGGGGCAAGAGGAAACGGCAGAAUGAUGAAGGUGGUGUCAAGCCAGAGAGUAAGAAAUCCAAACAAGACGAGAAGUCAUCACACAAAUCAAGCAGUAAAGACUCGUCUAAGCGUGCUCAGGAGAAGGAGAAGGAGUUGGCGCCCUCUCCCUCCAUCACGCUGCAGCAGACGUCCAAGUCAGAGCACCAGGGUCGCAAGCGGACGCUCAGCCAGUCCUCCACAUCUGUGCCCAGCAGCGGCAGCAGCAAAGACAGCAGCAAGAGCAGCUCCAACUCCAAACACCGUAAAGGCGACGACAAACCCACUCGCAGGGAUGCCAAGGAAAAAAGCUUUAAAAUGGAGAAUCCUCUGGCAGUGGCACCCCUUUCUGAAGGCUCAAAGUCCAGAUCCAAACUUUUGUUUGAAGACAGGGUUCAUUCAGCUGAUCAUUACCUCCAAGAGGCAAAGAAAUUGAAACACAAUGCAGAUGCUCUGAUGGACAGGUUUGAGAAGGCCGUGUAUUACCUGGAUGCUGUGGUGUCUUUCAUUGAAUGUGGAAACGCUUUGGAGAAAAGUGCCCAAGAGGCCAAAUCCCCCUUCCCCAUGUAUGCAGAAACUGUGGAGCUCAUCAAGUACACUAUGAAGUUAAAGAGCUGCAUGGCCCCAGACGUUACUUCUGCUGACAAAAGACUAGCAGUGUUGUGCCUGAGGUGCCAGGCUCUUCUCUAUCUGAGGUUGUUUAAACUACGGAAAGAAAGUGCACUAAAAUACUCAAAGACACUCACUGAACACUUGAAGAAUUCGUUGAGUAAUACACAAGCUGCGUCUCCUGGAGUAGCAAAUAAAACAGCUGGGAUGCCGUCUCCGGUCUCUCCUAAGCUUUCUCCGGGCAGCGCGGGCAGCUACUCCUCCAGCAGCUCCAGUCAGAGUGCCAGCUCCUCCGUCACUAUCCCUCAGCGCAUCCACCAGAUGGCAGCCAGCUACGUGCAGGUCACCUCCAACUUCCUCUUCGCAACUGAAGUGUGGGAUCAGGCCGAGCAGCUUGCCAAAGAGCAGAGAGAGUUCUUUGCUGAACUGGAUAAGGUGAUGGGCCCACUCAUCUUCAACACCAGCAGUAUGACUGAACUGGUGCGGUUCACGCGGCAGGGCCUGCACUGGCUACGACUCGACGCCAAGCUCAUACAGUAGAGUGGUCCCAAAAGCACCCCCUGUGGCCACGCUCUUUAUCCGUAGCCCUCUCUAUGCCUACACAAAACACUCACACACUUUAUCUGCCUCAGACAUUCUCUGUGACACUGUGUCUCAUUUGUACACCAGCUUGCCAAAAAAUGGAAACACUUCGCGUCCCACUCUGCCAUGACAAGCCCUGUGAAUAUUCAUCAGAGGGGAGGCGGCCAAACCAUAUACACUGCAUUGUCCUGUUCACAUCACAGGCUUGUUUCAAACAAAAAGCCAUCUUCCUUGUUUCUUACUUGAUUUGUAGUUUUAUUUUGUUUUAAUCUCCCCUGUUUUUGAUUUCUUUUUUGUUUUCUAGCUGUAAGCAAACACAAAUAAUAAUUUGGAUGUUUAUAGCUUCUUUUUUUCAACCAAAGUACCUCCCUUUAACCAAAGGUGCUUUACAAUUUAAAGGUUUCUCCUUUUAUCAUUUUAUUGUGCCUUGUAUUUGAUAUACAGGAAACUAGGACAUACGGUAUCUUCAAAUACACAUCGAGAAAGGUUUGAUAUGGGACUGGAGUUGAGUUGUUUGACAGGAACAUGUGGCCCAGGGUGAGGGGGUGGAUUACUGAAUGGUUUUACAUGAGUAUUGGAGAGAAAUCAUUUAUUUAUCGUUAAAUAAAUGUAGACGGGUGUCAAGGCAACCACACAUGGUUUUCAAGCCCUUUCGACAUUUAAUUACAUGCAGGAUAUGAAUUAUAUCUACAAUUAAAUUUUUACUAGUGCAAAAAUGCUAAACAUUACUAUUAGUGAGAUUACUAGUGAGAAUGCUCAUAAUUGGAUAUGCACUUGUAAAAACUUUAAUUCUUUAUCAAAAAUUACAUCAAUACUCAUGGAAAUUGUUGAUAUUAAAAAUACAAUUUGGACUAGUAAAACUUUUUUUUAUACCUUUAACUGGAGAUUUUCAAGUAAAAUUUAACAAUUAUCUGUCAUUCAAUCCAGUUCAAAAUAUAUAUAAAAAAAUUGCAUUUUGUCUAGUUAUCAACAAUUGAAUUACAACAAGUAAAAUGCUAGUGAAAACCAAUUUACAGAUAUCAAAAAUUUGCAUUUUGGCUAGUUAUCAACUGUUGAAUUACAACUAGUAAAAUGCAAAUGAAAACCAAAUGACAGAUAUCGAAAAUUAGCAUUUUGGUUAUUUAUCAACAAUUAAAUUACACUAGUAAAUUGCUAGUGAAAAAUGUAAUUACAGAUAUUAAAAAUUAGCAUUUUGGCUAGUUAUCAACAAUUGAAUUAAAACUAGUAAAAUGCAAAUGAAAACCAAAUUACAGAUCUAAAAAAUUAGUUGUAAUUCAGUUGUUGAUAUCAGGAAUGCAUAUUUGCACUAGUAAAAAUCGAAUUGUCACAACAAUUGUAAUUAAAUGAAUGUAGUUAAUAUAAAAUUCAAAUUUUUACUAGUAAGUAGUACUUAGCUGAUAUGUGUGUUUGGAAUUUAAACUAGUAAGAAAUUAAUUACAGAUAUCUGGAUUUGCAUUUUGAAAAGAAGUGAAUGACAGAUCAUUGUGAAAUUCUACUAGUGAAAAUGCAGUUACAGAUAUGGGGUUGAAAUUCCAUUUUGAUACGAAGAAUGUGUAUUUCUGUGAGUAAUGACGUCAAUUUUAUAUCAAGAAUUUAAGUUUUUACUAGUGCAAAUGUAAUUACUGAUAUCAAAACUUGGCACUAGUAGUAAUUACAUUGAUAUCAAAAAUAGAACAGUAGAUAUCUAUAAUUCGUGUCCUGCAUGUGAUUUAAAUGUCAAAAGGGCUUGCGAUACACAGACCGUGUUGAGUAUUCAAAAGUGGCUUUUGUCUAAAUAGUUCGAUAAAGUCAAUGGUGAACUGCUUUGCCGGACUUAAUUCCGUAUUGUUGCAAAGGCUACAAAGCACCAUAUCGAAGACAUAGUUUUGUCUCACGGUAACAUCGUAAACAGCCAAUGUGUCAUGGUUACACCCUGUUGGAUUUGUAAACAUCAGUACCACAAACGCCCGGGCCAAGAUUUUUAUACGAAAUGUAGCACUGUCUCGCUGUCGGUUUUCUGGUAUUAAACGCAGGGGUAUUUUAGUACUGUGUCGACAUGCUCGGCCUAAUAAAGAUUUUAUUUAGAUAAUGGCAAACUGUUCCAAGUUGCAUUUUCGUUCUCACGAGUUUUUCAGCAUGGAUACAGGGUUGCAAUACGAGAUGAGAGACGUAUUUCUAUUGUAUAUGAAAAUAUCAUAUUUAAAUAUUUAAUGUGAGUCUUGAGGUUGCCUUUAUAGUGUCAUUGUCACGUGUUUUGCAGAUCUGAAGAAAUCAGUCAUAUAAGGAUAUAUAUUUAUGAUGCAUUCGAUUGACUAUUGCAGUUUAUAAAUGUACAUAUUACAAUGUAUAAUUUUAGAGCAGACUGGCCCACCAUCCAAAAGCAUUGACCUUUUGCAGUAACACGAGAAGACAAACUGUUCAUCAUAGAAUGACAAAUUAGGAAACAUGGAGUGAAAAGCGAUCACGAUCAAUCCACAAUGUAUGAAAUGCUGGAAAUAUAUCAUCUCUUGCACUAAAAUCUUUCCUCUCAUUGGCUCCCUGUUUUAUCUGUAGGGACAAACUGUUUCCACUGUCUAUGCAGAUGUUUCUAGGACAGUCUUCUUGAGCUUGUUUGUGCAGGACUACUUUUAUUGGCCGAAAUGUAAACUUCUAUCUAGAUCUAAUACGUCUAUUUGGCUGGCAACUUGGUUUAUCACUGAUGUGCUUGUAACUUUCUUCUAUCUUGCAGAAUAAGUCGUUUGAGAUUUGAUGUAGGAGUGAAAUGUUUGUUUAUUGUGCUUUUAUGUAAAUGCAUUCAUGCACUAAUGUGAUUUCAUGUAUCAGAUUCAUAAUAAGAAAGUGACUGCAUAUGAAAUGAAAUUCCCAUGGCCUUUAUGCUUUUUAACACAUGAAUUGUUUGUGAUGCGUCCGGUAUGUGUUUUAUUUCAUUUAUUUUCAGUUUUUAAUGUUAUUUCUUCUGCUAGACUUCAUGACAUUGCUUUUAGAGGAUUAGACUGAUUAAAAUCCAUCUUUAAUUUUCUUGAUGAUAUAACUUUAGCCAGGGUAAGAUGCUUUUUCUUUUGUCCAAUUGAAAAAUAACACUUGCAUGUUUUAUUUAAAUACUAAGCUGUACAAAUGUACAUAAAAUUCUCUUUUAGGGUAAAUUUUUACAGCGGUUUAACAUUUGUAUUAAUUGUAUAUAGAAUGUGAAUAUAUUAUAUGCACAUUUACAUUACUAAAAGACCCCAUUUUUUAAGUCAUGACACUUUCGACAGAACGCUGUAUGUUAGUAAUGUAAGGCCGGUUGUUUUCCUCCCAAGUAAUUCAUUACUGAUUUUCUGUGCUGUGUGAGCAAGGCUUGUCUUAUGGUGGUCAGUUUUAUUAUGCUUUUGAAAUAGGAUGUAUGCAGCUGACCAUAAGGAAGAUCUUCCCUCAACUAAACUUUAUCCGAGAAGCCUCCACUGAUAGCGAGGCAUGUCGUUAUGUUGAGCAGCUCUAGAUGUCUGUAUGUAGUACUCAUUUAGUAAUUAUCUCAAAAAACAAUCAUUGGCAAAGGCAGUGUAGUUCAAAUCAAUUUAGUUUUAAAGUAUUGAGAUGAGAUUGACAAAAGAAAGAAAUCUACGUGUGUAUAUAUAUAUAUAUAUAUAUAUAUAUAUAUAUAUAUAUAUAUAUAUAUAUAUAUAUAUAGAUAUAUAUAUAUUCGUAUUAUGGAUGCAAUAUGGUCUAUGAUUUAAAGGUACUCUUAUGAGCCUUGAUUAUCCAAACUUGUAAUAACUUGUAAUUUAAACACUUUUUUUGUGAAGUGAGUAUUACUAAUUGAUUUUCUGAGUCUGUUGCGAAUCAUCUUUGUAUUUUACCAUAUGGAAAAUAAAAUAUAUAUGAUU